AUGAAUCAAUUAUCCAUAAGAGAACCAAAAAAGUGUGAUGCUUGGGCUGGAAUUCUUAACGGUGUUGGUCAGAUGUUUGAGGGAGGGAAAGAGGAAGUUGUUGAUGUCAUGUUGAAGUAUCAAGUGGAGAGUAGGUACAAAGUCAAGCCUGAGAAGACUGAUCGGAAUCGUUAUACAGUUCAUUGCCUUUUCAAAGAAGAAAAAGGAUGUAAGUGGAGGUUCCACUCAUCUUUGGCAGUCAAAGACGGCCAUGCUUUUAAGUGCAAGACUUUUAUAUCGGAGCAUUCUUGUGGUUUGGCUUGCUCUGAUCCUUCAAAGCUUCGAAUGACGAAGAAUUUCAUCAAGAACAUUAUAAAAGACGAUAUUAGAGUUUCAAGUAAGCAGAAAACAUCCGCGGACAUUCAAGAUUUGUUUUUCAGGAAGUAUCAAGUUGACCUCACCUACCAUCAAGCAUAUCGUGGACUGAAAUUUUGCAAAGAAUGUAUUUGGGGAGACGAUAUUAAGUCGCAUUCUGAUUUCUUGUGGUAUGAAGAAGCAUUCAAGCGUCAUAAUCCAGGAAGUGUCAUUAAAUUUGAGUUUAAUGCUAAAAACCGACAGUUUGAGAGUUUUUUCAUUUCUUUCGAAGCUUGCAUCACAGGGUUCAACAAGUAUUGCCGUCCUAUGUUGAUUAUUGAUGCUACGGUUCUUACUGGAAAGUUUAGGGGUGGUCUUAUGGUAGCUUAUGGGAAAACUGGAAACCAAGAGAUAUUUCCACUUGCAUUUGGGCUUGUAUCUGGUGAGAAUGGUGAUAAUUGA